AGCGGUUCUCCUUUUAUGAUAAAUACAAUUGAAGCUCAAAAAGAAUGCGUAAUUAAGAGCAAAACUCGCUUGAAUUUGCUGGCAAGAAACUCGUGUUGCAUUCGUUUUGAUGUGAAAAUUCAUCGCGAAAAACCGUGCAUAAUUAUUAUAAUCCGAAGCAAGGCAUUCUUGGCAGUAUUACGUUAGAAAAUCCCAUCAAAAUUAUGAAGGGACGGUAAGGAUUCAUAUUACAUGCCGUUUGACCUAUGUAAGACAACAGAAACGAGCCAAAAUUUUUGCACUGGCUUCGUUUUCGCUUAAAACAUCAAGAAAUAACGCUGUAAUGUUAACGAAAGCGUUUGUAAGAGGUUUAUAAUGAAAUUGAUGCACUCCUGUUAAAUUUCAGACGGAAAAAUCUACAUUCUAUCAUCUCGAAAAUAUCGGGAAACGUGGACUCGAACGUUGAAGCCGAUACGCAGGUAUUGUCUUGAAUCUUUUAUUUAAAUAUGAAUGCAUUUCAUCAAUCUAGUGGGUUAGAAUGUUUCCAACGUUUUUGCGAGUAUUUGUUGCAAUAUAUUUUGUAAUUGCUACAAGUACAGCAUUCGAACUUUCGUAGAAAACUGCAUUUUAAGAUGAGGAUUUGGCAAAUCUAUUCUGUUUCCAAAUGCAAACCUUGCAAUUACUCAAGCAUUCAGAAAGCGGUCUAAAUAUAGUUUAAAUAUUGUCGGGUUUGUGUGUGUUAAAGUUAUAAUAUACGUGAAUGUAUAGAAUUAUUGAUGUUUUCAAGAAUAAUUGACAGUCCAAAGUACCAUAGAAUGUUAGCCUGUACUUCAGCUGGCCAUUGAAGCCAGAAAAUACCAUAUAACCAUAGUGACCUUCUCGUGCUCGGCUGAAUGCAUGAGUAAGUAAGCUGUACACAUCCAAUUGGUCGUUAGUCGAUGGCAGUCUUAUAUACUGAACUACACCCUCCAAAUCCAAUUGCGGGGCGCCGGGGCAUUUCGAAUUGGGGUCAACCUUGCAAUUAAAUCUGAUCAAAUGUGUUGUGCAUGUUAUAUUUUGUUUGGCAUUCACUUAAUAGAUGGCAUGCUUUUCACAUGUCAAAAUUUAGAAAAUAUUUUUUCAAAUUUCUGCACAUGUUAAUUAAGUGGUUCUUUCAAGUAAACCUAGCCUGCGAAUUCAGCCGCCUCACUUCGAACCAGCUUGCAUGCCGAAGGAAUGAAAUUGAACUAAGUAAUUUUUUGAACAUGAAGAGUAAUUAGCUUUUCUCACGCCGCCAUUUUUGGGUGGCUUUUCAGCCGAAGUCUGUGAGAUAAGUCUACAUAACAGCGACUUUUUAUAAUUUUUUGGACGAAUGAUGUCAAACUUGCUUUGUAAAUGAUUAGUUUAUUUUGAAAAAUUGCUUUUCGCAUUGUUUUAAUUGUCUGUAUUGGUUAAUGAGAAUUAGAUGCCACCCAAAAAUGGUGGAUAUUCGUCACCAUGAGAAAGGCUAAUUGGGCUCUAAAGCUGGGCCGUGAAUUCCUAAUAAUAAAAACUGAACAUGACAUAAAUUUACAUGACCAACGUUUCAGUUAGAUUUGUACGACGCAGGCUGAAAUGUUCAUAGUGUAUUAAAUGAGGGUGUUGAUGGGGUAUAUUGUGAGUCGUGAUUCACUCAAUUUCGGUUACUGUCAGUUGUGAAAACACUAAAAAUUUAGCGUGAAUUGUGAGGAAAAAAUACUGUUUAAUGUUUCAGAACACUUUUCAAAGAUUUACCGUUAAAAUACCAAAAUGUUACUUAUUAUUACCGUUAAAAUACCAAAAUAUUUACUGUUUACUGAUUUUCAGAUCCCCCCCCCCUAAACCCUCUUAAAUUCAUGGUAAGUUUAAUUUCAGACCAAUUGAAAUUCACAAUGCCCAAUACCUUAGCAUUGUGGUGAACUGCUUCAUCCCCCCCCCCCCUAAAUCCUCUUAUAUUUAUCAUGGCAACUUCAAAACGUCACUUUUGGACAAUUCUAGAACAAAAUUGCAAGAGUUCCUUAUGUGGGGACAUUUUUGAACUGCAGGGAUCUUCCAAGAACUUCUGUUGACAGACAGAAUUCUGCGAGUUGGAAACCGUCCCAAAUUCCAAUGGGUAUUAUCAUUCGAAUUGGAAUUCCAAUUGGAUUUUUUAUUUGAGUUACACCAUAGUGAAUGUAACAAAGUUUUUUUAACGAAUAAGGAAGUUUGACGCAACUUUAACCUUUGUGGACCAUAUCAGGACCGUAUAAAUAGCUACGGAGCAGCUUAAAUAUUCUUUUAUGUACGUCAUAAAUAAGCUUUCUUGGCGUUGUUCGUUCAUGUAGAGUAUAAGAUCAAUUUUAAAUCUGUUAUGAAAGUGGUAUUUAAUCUGUGCUACCUUGAGGCAGAAAUUUCUGUCAUGUAUAAACCACAAUACAUUCAGUCGGCAUUUAAAAAGUUUAAGGCCCAUUUAUGCAAUGCGACUAGUCGUGUAUGAUUGUCAUUCUGGCGUAUGAAAACGACUGCUGAUUGCUGAAUGCCACUAUUCCUGGUUCAUCAGUUUAUUGCAAAAUUUGAAAUGUGACAUCUUUACAUGCGUUUAUUUGAGUACAUAAUUAUUCGAUAUGAUUGAAUAACUGAUGAAUCCCAGUUAAAAUUGCUGGACAUGUACUCAAAGUGUUACAGUACGUAGGCAUUGUUUUCUGUGUAAUAUUAUGCAAACAAACUACCAUGAAGCUUGGCUGGUCAACCCAUUAAGCUGCAAUGCACCCAAAUAGAUCUGACUUCAUUACAUUUACUUUACUCUGACUGUUGAAUGGCAGAUGAUUUUACUCAUCAAGGGAAGAGUCUUGUGUGGAUUAAAUUACCCGGUUAAUGGAACCAGUGGCGUAACGUUAUAUCAGGGGGCCCCCGGUUCAAAAUUUUCGAAGGCCCUCCCCCCAUAGUAGAAAUGCCGAAUGCACGAGUUGAGCGCCGUAUAUGCACGAGUUUUCCGGAAAAUUUUUGAAUCUAGACUCUCUGAAAUGCCAUUUCCCGGACUUUGGGGAGAGAUUUUACAGAAUUCUGAUGGUCAGAAAACGACAUUGUAACAUAUUUGUUCUACAGCCUGAGCCUGGGGGCCCCCAUUUGGCCCAUUGGGGUUGGGGGCCCCCGGGUUCUCACGGUCUGAGCCCAUAGUAGUUACGCUACUGAAUGGAACUAUAUGCCAGUGCAUCUUGUUAACCCAUUAAGCUACAAUAUUCCCAACUCUGCCUGACUUCAUUGCAGUACUUUACUCUGUCUAAUGCCAGAUAAUUUUACUGGUCAAGAGAGAGUCUUCAUCUUAAAUGAAGACAUUUUGCAGGCACAUUUUCAAAUAACUUUUGUGACCCCCGCUAUCUGCCAGUCCAUCUUGUUAACCUAGUAUAAAGUUGCAUUGCACCCCAAUGUGCCCAAUUUACUAUGUUACUCUGUCUAAUGCCAGAUGAUUUUACUCAUCAAGGGGGAAAGCACUGGCACUCAGUCGGUUGGUAAGAUAUUACACAGGUCAAAUUAUGAUUAUUAUGUCAAGUUUUUGUGGCUAAAAACAGUGCAUUCUUUUAGUCACUCUGCAAAUAUUUAGCUAUAGUCCAACAGCUAUGUUUUAGAAAUCAUUGGGGCAUGUUGGGGGGGCGAUGGGCAUUGCUCUCCUGGUUGCAGGAGCCCAUUAGGGAAUGAGACCCUGUAAUGGGCCUAAUGGACAACUUACAUGUUAGACUAAAUUUUAAUCUAAGUAUAUAAGAAGGGGAUCAAACACAACAGUUAAAAAGAACGUAAUGAAAUUAGUAAAAUUGCAAAAUUUGGUUGCGAAAUGUUGUAAAAUACAGAUAAUAUUGCCUUGCGAAGUUUGCAUAUUUUCAGUAUAUUUGUAUUACGUGCGGAAAUUGUUACCAUUUUCGGCUGAAAAAUAGUAAAAAUUUCCGCACGUAAUACAAACAUACUGAAAAUAUGCAAAAUUCGCAAGGCUAUAUUUUCUGUAUUUGACAACAUUUCGUAACCAAAUUUUCAAUUUUACUGAUUUUGAUAAGUUCUUUACGGGAAUUUACUUUUUUUUUGUCUAAAUCAAAAAUUAGUAUAACAUGCAAGUUGUCUAUUGUAAACCUCAAAAAUGCAGAUCUUUUUUUAGUCUUUUCUUCUAAAAGCUGUUCUUUCAUAUUUUUACCUAAAUCCCGGGGGAGGGGGUUUGGGCAAAGGGUGGGAAUUUGAAAAAAAAACUUGAGUAAAAUGCCUGGAGUUGCAAAGACAUUGAAUAACAAUGAAGCGUGUCAACUUAGAUGGCACUCCGCAGACCUCCACCAGCUAAUUAUAUAUCAUGCAUAAAUUAUACAAUGCGCUAAUUGCGUCGCUUCAGUUUUACCCUGCCUGCGCAAAGUUUCGUACUAAUACGUUUGAUAGUUCCUGAGUUAUCCUGCUGACAAAUCAGGGUGUUAGCCAGAAAAAAAGUUUGUCCGUUAAACGUAAAUUGGGAAAGUUUUUUGACCCAUCAAAGUCCUUGUGUAGGAAUAAAUAGUGUUCUUUUUCAACGGUGGCUUGGUUUUGUACAUUUCAUUUCCGGUGAAUGAACACUGACAAAUUCACCCGAUGGCACUUCGUUUUGUAUAUUUCAUUUCCGGUGAAUGAACACGGAUGCACAUCGAUUACACUUUGUUUUGUACAUUUCAUUUCAGUGAAUACACACCCAAUAUGAGUGAAACGCGAUACAUUUUGAGAAAAUAGUUAAUGGGAAAAAGUAAACAAAACGUUCUUUGAUAUAAUAAUAUAAAAUCAAACCCAAUGCACUUUCUCAUGAGAAAAAAUGAAAAUCUUCCAGUAGACCCAGUUGGGAAAGCUACUUCAAUUGGGAAGAGUCCGUCAAACGGACAGUAUAUGGGCUAGCUAACACCCUGCAAAUACACAUGCAAAAUAAGUGACACACACGCAUACAAACGCUGAAAUCAUGGCGCACGGCAGGUAAAAAAGACCCCUGCUGGGGGCAGUAGAAAUCCACAUAUAACAAGAGAUAGAAUGAGGAGAUUGUGCCCUAGAAUAAUGUAUGACCAUUGGCAUUGCCCAUAAGUUCACCCCCCUCAAAUCCACAUAUAACAAGAAGUAGAAUAAGAAGAUAGCGCCCUAGAACAAUGUAUGACCAUUGCCCAUAAGUUCGCACCCCCCUCCCCCGAGGUUUGCAUUUGAUAGGUGCAAUAAGCUAUAAACGUGCGCGUGAAAAUCCUUAACGCUUGCGCCCACGUGACCCCACGCUAUUAUUUGUUAUAUAAACAGAGUGUGCAUCAGUGCACGCGAACGCCACGCGAUCGCCAAGCUUUAAAUGAGACCGAAUAUAUCGAAGAAAAGCUUUUAGGCUCACUAUACUGGCCGAUACGGAAGGUACAACUUUCAGAAGCUGAGCGAAUCAGUAAUUCCUCUGAAACCAACGUUUCGAAGCUGAGCGAAUAUUUGCCCUGAAAAUAGCGUUCCUCAAGGUACGGAUAGGCGUUUUUUCACGUCGUUAUGGGAAGCUAUCCGCGGUACAGUGGCGACGUAGCCUUAGAAAGGUCUAGCAUGAAUCUGUAUUUUUGCGCUGCCUAUGUUAAUUAAACAAUGCCACAUCAAUAUAAUGCGAUGAUGACGAUGUGGUGAUUUUCAGUGCUGUUUCAAAUCGUGAUUCAUUUCUCUCCCGAGGCUAAAACAUAAUGCCAAACAAAAUAAAAGUUUACAAGUGUUAAAUCCAAUAAAAGCUGCAUUCAGUAUUUUUGGAAGUGUAUAUUUUGAAUUGGUUAAGUGGGCUUAUACCCAGGAAGGCUUAGGAAUUGAAGGUUUACUGUAAGAUGUGUUUCGGCCACACAGACUGAUGAUCGAACAGAACCCUUUCGAUGCUGAUAUUCAUCAACGUAAAAAAAGAUUAACAAAACCCCCUAUAACUAUGCCAAACUGUGUCGCAUGCGACCUACUUACAACUUGAGUUGUACUGUGUAAAUCAAACACACAACUCACUUACGUUAUCGCAGGUAAAUCGCCCAGUGCUUGGAUGUGCCACACCCCACCAGGGCCGCCGAGAGGGGGGAGGCAGGGGGGGGGGCAAAUUUCCCCGGGCCCCGAAGUGCUGGGGGGCCCCUCAAAAAUUUUUGUUGGGCCCCAGUCUUUUUUGUGUUGUUAAAUAUUUCCGCGCAAAGGACAAGAUAUCUGUUUUCUUGGAGUAAGAACUGAAAUUUGGCAUAAAAAAAUGAGAUAAAGUCCCUGAAACGCAAUAGGAACGUAAUCGUCCGGAAAAUUUUUUUACUCCGGAAAAUAUUUUUUACCCCUAAAAUGGUACACUGACCGAAAAUUUUUUGGCGGGGGGGGAAAUAUUUUUCCGGAAAAAUUUUUUUUGAUAGGGGGUCCCCAAAAAAAAAUUUGCCCCCGGCCCCCGCCAACCUCUUGGCGGCCCUGCACCCCUCGUUCAUGUCUUAUAUGUAAAGAUCUCUUUAGGAUCGCCAGUGACUGUCAUGGUUGACCUUCAUUACCGUUCCCGUUGGAUAAUAUUUGGGGCACAAAUUUGGACUGCCAACGUAUCUAAAUUCUUCAAAUUUUGCUGGCUCAAAUUUAAUGCAGAUUUGCUUAAAUAUUUUAUGCUAUAUGGCAUGAAAAUUACGUGAUUUGCGGACAUGACGGACUUAGACACUUCGUGCUCUCCUCCGUUAUAUAAAAUUACUAAAUAUCUCCGAAGCCUUGAUCAAAUGAGAUGGUGUUAAUGAGAGUUACACAGUCACGCGUUUCUAUUCAAGCUCUAGAAAUAGAAGUGUGAUGAGUGUUUCAACUAUAUUUUAACUCAAAUAGAAUACAUGAUAGUGUUGGGAAAGCAUUAAGAACAGCUAACCAAAAUCUCGUGACUGCCAAGGGAUAUCUUGUCGGGGAAUUGCGCAAACGCGGCGAGCGACUGGUCAUCACGCGACCAAAUUCGACGUCGCGUGCGGCCGAGUUUCCAACGCCGAAAGGCAGCUUUUCACGUAAGCCAUUUACCUAAAGAGUUUUGAGUUUAACUUGUGGGUUUUAUGACGUGUACAACGAGGAAAAUCCUUUAAAACAGAUUUCUCUCUACAAAUUACGUAAAUACUUAUUAGUCUGCUGAGCUUUUAGUUCAGAAAUAAGAAGGAGCAUUUUCUCGUUCGUAUAGGAAGCCGCUUCAACCAGUGUCACAGGUGGUUCAGAAAGUAUAAGGUAGGUGAUGUAAUCACAUUGUAUUCAUUGUCAACCAGCACCUGUUAUGUCGUGGUCACCACGCUUGCCUUUAAAGCUUGGAGAAUCUGGUUCAAUACUUGGUCAGACCUCUACUCAAGCUCUUAAAAUAAUUGAGGAGAAAGAGCUACCUUUACAUUGACAUCAGUAAAUGGUUAGACUUUCGCGUCUUCUCGGAUAAGGACGUUAAAUCGUAGGUACCUCGGAUCCCCUAUCAUUUGGGCGAUCCCCUAUCAUUUGGGCGAUAGCCUGUUAGGAAAUCCGCUGACCAAUGAGCGAGAAACUCACUAUCAAAGUUCCUGUGAUCACAGUAGGAAUUUUGUGUGGGUAAAUUCUAUAUAGGAAUUCUGUAGGAUUUGUAAGAAAUGUUUGAGGAAACUGACUCUGUGUUUAACACGGAAAAUUUCUCACAAAUCUUUCAAAACUUAGGGCCUGUUCAUAUGGGCAAAAGUUAUCCCGGUUAACGAGAAAACUUUUCGACUAGCCAAAUACUUUUGUUCUGUUCAUAUGGAGAAACGUUAUCCCGCUUACCGGGUAAAGUUUUCGGCUGUGACGUGGCACUGAACAUCAAUUGAAUUGAAAAGUUGCUGACACGACAGAAAGUUAUCCCGCUAAGCGGGAAAGUUGUGUUCAUAUGGGAAAAACAUUAUCCCGGUCACCGAGAUCUCGCCUGUCAACAAGCGAGAUCUCGGUACACGGGAAAACUUUUUGUCUCGCAGUGUAACUUUUCGUAUUAUUUUCAUACCAAGGCGAGAUCUCGCUUGUAAACUUGUCGAAAAGUUUUCUCGCUAACCGGGGAUAACUUUUGCCCAUAUGAACAGGCCCUUAGAAUUUGCCUUUGCAAAAUUCCUACUGUGAUCACAGAAACUUUGAUCGUGUAUAUCUUUACGCUAUUACGUAUGUAACAACAAAAUAUACUUGACUGUAUUUAUGUUACACGUCUUAAUUGACGAAGAAGGAAGUGCGAUAUAAUGAUUGCUUAAAGAUACUCCCGUGAAGUAUGUGUCAAAUAUUUGCUAUGUUUUCAUCGAACCAUUGUGUAAUAAUAUCACGACUGGGUAAUCAAACCAAUAUAUUGCUAUUGGUUGGUUGGACGAAAAACAAUACACACGUGACACGUGACGAUGAACCGAGCAUUUUUUGCUAGAUAGUCUAUUAUACCCGCAUCGAGUUCCCUAACCUGCUUACUCUAUUGACUGUGGUGGCAUGGUCGAAACCAGAGGGUCCCUUAGUAAGCUUUUUACUCGAUUACGAUUGAGCUUCAUCCUUAUACAAUUCAGCGCUCAACAGCAAGGAAUGAUGAUUGACACCCCCUACCUCGGGAUCAUUAUCAAUUGACGUCAUUCUAUUUUUAGUGAUGACAACGCAGUUCCAGAAAUGAAAAUUGCCGAUGAACAACUCCAACGACCUGUAACAAGAAUGUACGCGAAAGAAGGCGAAGAUCACUUACGGCAAGACGCCGCCAUAAGAAGAAUUAAUACUCAGCUGCUGGAUCCGGCAGCAUCGCCUCCGUUUAUCUGUGACCUCUGCUCUGUGGCCUUUCUCACGAAACGUGAGCUACAGCUGCAUGUCAUGUGUCAUGGUAUACAUAUAGCUGGGAAUGUUAGCGGAGAAAAAGUACAAGCUGUCAUGCAACAAUCUGGCGAAGCGUCCGCGAUGGGUGCCGUCCAAAGCAGUGAAGGUAACCAAGGAUGUUUGCGCUUUUUAUUGAUUACUUUUACAACUUGUUAUACAUGAAAAAAUUGAGAUUAAAUUUAAGAAUAUACACAUAGAUGAAGGAAUAAGGUUGAAGGUAUAGUCAACAGGACAAGAAUCCCAUAUUAAGACCAACCCAAGAAAGACAACAAUUAGUUAUGACAUAUAUUUAAAGACACAAACACACAUUUACACACUCUGGUAUAUUUGAACAAAUAUUAACAUGAAAAAUGCUUGGAAUUGACCUUCAAGAGCAACAAGUUGGACUGUAAGAACGCCACUUGGAACAACAAGUUUUCCAAGUGCGCAUUCGAUUGACGUUUUUAUAAUUAAAUACGAGGACAGUAUACCCGGAAAAUGUAACACAUUCCGGUAAUUGGUGAAGGCGCGCGUACAUUUAGCAUCCCUUAAUUUCCCAAUGUGUACCGAGCGCUCCCUCACUCGCCGUUAAGAAAAUCGUGUGAAUUCCCGGAACUCUCCAGACUAAUAGGACGAGCCUUUGCGGACGAGAUUGUUCCCAGGAGGUUUGCGUUUCUAUGUAAUAAUCGUAGAAAUAAUAUCUAUUAUUUCUAUGGUAAUAAUCCAGUUCACCCCCAGUGUUCCAGAUUGAAAAGUUAUAUUUUGCGCAGGAAAUACUUUUUCCUUGGGAAAAUGCGCAGAAUUGUCAGAUAUUUUCACAGAAGAUUUAUGGCAGACCAAGGGAUUCUAUAGUCCUAAAGUGUUUUAGGAAGAUCAGAAAUGUGCUUGGUCUUGAUUCACAAAGGCAUUUUGUGCAGAUUCGCCUGAAACUAUUUGCAGUUUUUUACAAUCUGAAGAAUUGCAAGAUUUUUUUGUCACGAAGCUACAAGGAGUGUUUUCAUGUUUUGACUUCGAUUCAAAGACAAAAACUGUUCUUAAUUUUACUUCUUGUCUGCUUGUGUCCUAGGAUCAACCACAAGUGAAACGACGAACGGUCAGCCCGACCCAGAACCAGUGGUUGUGAACAGCGAGGUGAAGAUUGUUGACGUCCUCUCGCUAGCUACGGCAACAAGAGGGUUUAAAGCACCUGGGAGCAUUUGGUGCUCGUUAUGUAAAUGUACUGUCGAUAAAGGACACACUUGUAAAGUUUAUCAGACAAGGUAACGUCCCGUCAGGGAUUGAGGUGACAGAUGUGGUUAGUUGGCCAUUGGUCCCAGAAAAAUUUUGAAGUCAGUAGAAAGAAAGUAGGAAAAUUUCAAUAUCAAAUCAAAUGAAAUAAAUUUGUAGUCAGCUACACACGUAAAAAUCUCACAACUUGUCAAUAAGAUGUGUUCGCAACAGGCUUGUAGCAAGUUUGUCAACAAGUUGUAACAAUGCUGUUAUUUUAUCACGUUGCUACAAGGUUGUCACUCACAACUUGUUGACAAAUUGUUGAAUUGCAGGACGAUAACAAGUUGUUGGAACAACUCGUAACAAGACUGUUGAGUUCAACGACCUUGUAGCAAAUUGUCAACAAGCUGGGAACAAGCAGUGCGAACACGUCCUGUUGCUACAACUGCAGUAUCAGACACUUGAGGGGCCAGGUGCCCCCACACAAUAAUUUCGAAAGGCCUAUAAACGUCUGGUGCUACAUAUCACAAUUAACGUAUAUAAUGAUCAAGUAAGCCUUAAUUAAACGGACACCGAAACCCAUUUGGCAUGUAUGUUGAAAAUGUCGCCCCCAAUAUUUCGUGUGUCCGCCAUUAGCUACAAGUUUGCUGCAGGUUUGCAGGUUUGUUGGGCGAUAUACGAUUAUCGUUUCGAAGAAAGAAACUUGAGCGAUGACAUAUCGUAAUUUGUAUUUUCCAUAUAGUUACCAUGCCGAGAAGACUGAAGAGGGGUUUACAUGUGAACUAUGUGGUCGGUUCUAUAAUCAAAAACGCAAACUCCGCACACAUCUUCGCAACAGACACAAAGGUUUCCGCCUUCAAGAAGACGAGGGGUACAUGUGCUGGCAAUGCUGGCAAGCAUUUCCUGAAAUUAAGAUCUUAGAAGAACACAUUGUGCAAGUCCAUGGGCAUGGUAAGAAUGCUGACAGUCUAACCUAACAUACAGACAUCUCUCUAAUAUGAACACCUCUCUUAUACAGACAUAUCUCCAAUACAGACGUCUCUCUAAUACAGACAUCUCGCCAAUAUGCUAACAUACAGACAUCUCUCUAAUAUGAACACCUCUCUUAUACAGACAUAUCUCCAAUACAGACGUCUCUCUAAUACAGACAUCUCGCCAAUAUGAACAUCUCUCUAAUACAGACACCUCUCUAAUACAGACAUCUCUCUAAUACAGACACCUCUCUAAUACAGACACAGCUCUCUAAUAAGGAAAGAUGCACAUCUUUAAUAUAAAACAAAGUAAUACCAGGCAAUUUUGUCAUAUUUAGAAAGCCGUCGUCAGAAUUCAACAUGGCGGCCAUUCACCCAACCAUCUACGUUACCAUUGGAUGAAAACACAGACGAGGAUGUUAGCCCUGACCCUAAUGGUAGCCCAGUCGAGAGCUCCCCAAAUGCUGAACAGUUAAGCAGUGCCCUGAAACGAAUCAAUGAAGAAGCGCCCGCCAGUUCUCACCCAAAGAGACCUCGUAUGGAUGUAACGAAUGGCAUCAUCAGCGUUGCAGAGGUUUACAAUUAUAUUUUAUUUCUUGUUUAGUGUUGGGGGAGCAUCGGUGACUGAUGUCGUUAGCGCCGCUGAGUUAAGGGUGCCACUGACGGGAAUGAGGCAGACGCUGGGGUGGGGGGUCAACGGUUUUUGAAAGGUGGAAGGGUCAGUUUGGGGCUUAUCCCAGCCCACCCUGUCGACAUUCAUUAUGGGAGGAAACCAAAGUACCCGGAGAAAACCCACGAUUUUCGAUAGACCGUUGACAGACUUUUUUCACAGAAGUGUCAUGCGUCCGCAGCGAGAAUCGAAGCCACGAUCUCAUGAAAGACGCUUUCUCUAACAAUUGUACCUACUAUCAUUGUUACUCGUUGAUGACGUAGUUUUUCUGAUUUGUUUUAGGUUAAUGGGAAAGUUGUGGUCACUGAUACCACAAUACGUACCGACAGUCCCACACACCCUCAGGUGACUGUAGGGAUGUCUGGUAUGUCUGAACCACGAGAUAUUGAACCACGAGAUAUCCCGAUGACUGCUGUGGUUGUUGGUAACCCAAAUGUUAUCGAUGGUAGUGACAUCACCAACCAUACAAUGGACAUCACCAACCAUACAAUGGCUAAUUUAACCACCAACACGGCGGUACCAUCGGCUGAGAAUUCGAAAAAGAAAACAUCGGGCCAUCUGAAACAACAAUGUCCACAUUGUCCUGAAAAAUAUGGCAAAAAAUACAUGCUCCAACUUCACAUCGAGGAAGCGCAUGGGGAGAACAUGCAUUGCUUUUUCUGCUCGACUUCGUGCGCUACGAAAGAAGUGUUGGCCUCACAUAUCAAGAGUAUUCAUACCGAGGAAGUGAAGAAUGGGAAAUGCCCCAUAUGUCAAUGCAAGUGUCUGGGCGAGCUACAUCAGCAUAUAGUUCAGUAUCAUCACAAAGAUCUCUUGACACGGAAGGCCAAAGAGCGCGUGCUGUCCACGUGCCCAAUAUGCCACGCAGCCACAACUGAUGCUUAUCAUCUCCGCUGGCAUAUCUUGAGGGAACAUCGCGGGCUACAGCUUCCCAAGGAAAUACAAGAUGGUUUGAACGAAGAUACCGGAAGUGAGAGCGGCAGUUCUGUGAGCAACGAGGGACAGGACAGGGUAGCAGACGGUACUAAGGUGCACGAUACUACUUCUGAGAGUAAUGGUGGACAUAAGAGUACAACUGAAGAUCAAGAAAACUCGAAAGAAAAUGACCUUGAGAUAGUGUUUGUGUCAGACAAAAAUAUCUCGUCCGAUUGGUCAAAGCGAACAGCCAAUGGUGUUCCUCCAACCAGCCAAGCCUCAAAGCCAACAGCCAAUAGCGUUCCUCCAAGUAGCGUAACCAACGACAGCACGUCUGGUCAGUGUAUUAAAAAGCCUGCGGACAGUUCGGUCGGAAUGAGUCCAAAAGUCGAUCAACGCAUGAACACACAAGGCGAAGUCCACAGUACAACAGGACAAGUUGAACAGACCAAUGAACGAGGCAGUCCAGUCAAGUAUGAUUAUCACAGCAUCAGUGAAGAUACCUGCGUGUUUUGUUUCAAGACACUAACGAAGGAAACAUUAUCGUCUCACUUACGUACAGACCACGGCUGGGUAGAUACAUUCACUUGCCCGGUAUGUCCUGCCAAAGCUGAGAAAUACUUAAACAUCGUCGAGCAUUUCUGUCAAUCUCAUUUUCAUCCAACUGACGAAGUGUCCAUGACGCAAUGUGAUGCAAAGUGUUUGAAAUGCGACAUCAUAUUCCAAGACAUAUCCCACCUCAAGAAACACGCGUCAGCCCUGCACUCUUUCCAGCUGCCAUCCGAGGCGUCGUACAACACUUUCAAAUGCAGACAUUGUAAUAUUAUCUUCGAGAAACAGUUCGACGCACAAAAGCACUUCGAUGUUUACCAUCUUUUCCGUAUUCGCUUCAAAUGUGAAUCGUGUCGGAUGGGUUUCACGGCCAAGCACGAUUUUCAAGAACACGUGACCUGUAACCACCCGGAGUUGGUGAAAAGCUUUUGUCCAGUUUGCGGACUUGGGUUUGAGGUCAGCUCGGACCUGGAAGAGCACGUAUUUGAGAUGCAUCGACGAAAAGCGCAGUUCUGCUGCGCGCAGUGCGGAAACGAAUUCGGGGAUCGUUUUCACGUCCACAUGCAUAUUCGUUCCAAUUGCUGUGUCACGUGGGCUGAUAGCAAUUUCGAAUGUUUGGACUGUUUGACGGCAUUUUCGUCCAUUUCUGAACUGCGAAUCCAUUGCAAGCAACGAAGCUGUAAACAAGACGCGAAGAAUUGAUCAGGUGUGUUUUGCAUGUUGUCAAGGUGUAUUUUAAUGUGUCCGUAACGACAUAAGUCAGGACGCAGUGUCUACGUCGAGAUAAAAUUGCAGUUGAAUCUUAUAAGAUGCAACUGAGUUGGAAGAAUUAAAAUACGCAUAUCAAAGUGUUGAGCUGUUCAGUCAUUCAUUGUGAAUCACAUGUUGCGAAUAUAUAAUCACAUGUUGCGAAUCCUUAGACUUGCAUAUUUUCUUAUCUGUGUCAAGCAAAACAAAAAAGGUUUACUUAGGGCAGUUUACACUAUCAAAGUUUCUGUGAUCACAGUAGGAAUUUUGCAUGGGUAAAUUCUAAGUUUUGAAGGAUUUGUAAGAGAUUUUUGAGGACACUGACUCAGUGAUUCAAAAACGGCAAUUUUAUCCCGACGAUUUCAUGCGGGACAGUACCGAACUUGUCUAGUGAAAAACUAGAGUAGGUAGGUAGGGUUAUAUAAAGGUUUACGCACGAGUUUCAUAGGCACGAAAAUAUCGGGAAUGGUUUGUUCCCACAAACAUUGUUAGUAUAGAUCACGUUUUUCUAACUGGGUUGUUCGCCUUGUGUUUACAAUGCAUUUUUGAAGGCAGUAAACUUGAAUCAUUUCCAGAAACCUAUCCUAUCGAUACUUGAAUGACAUCCGCGGUUCCUUAAAGCAUAAUUCAGUAUUUGAGAAAGCCAUAAUGAGUUGAGAUAUGUAUUAUAAACGAAAGCCAUCUGAAGUUACUUAGUCUUUUUUGGGCGUCGGUGAAGUAAUGUUGUAAGGGAUGGGAUUGUUUAAAUUUCACAAGAGUGUGAAGGAUAUUUUGUUAACAAACGACGCCGUAAUUUGUGUCUGAACUGCAUAAAAAUGAUUAAAAAUACUUGUAGUUGGAAGCUGAAAUAGUUCUAAUUACCCCGUGACGAAGGGCCUUUUCCCGAAAUGUUUUCAAUCUUUUUCAGUGGCGAAGUUAGCCAUGGCGAAGCUGAGCUGUAUCUAAAUAGGUUAAAACGAUCGAUACAUUUCUAAAGAUUUGAAUAAUCCAAAUAAGUAAACAUUUGCAUAGCACGACCUGUUGCUAUGGCUAGCUUCGCCAUCGAUCUUUUCCAGGUAGUUCAGACACAACCCACGGCAGAUUAUUGUAGAAUACCAUAGUAGUCCAGUAUUUUGACAUGCAUUUAAAUUUUAAAAUGCGCAAUUUUUCAGUUUUAGAGAUACCAUACUAUAAGCAAAAAUAUAGGGCCAGGGGUUGGUUCAAAUCGCGUUGGCAUAACCUAUUUGGCAUAAAUAAAGCCUUUGGAGGAAUCUUUGAUUUGCUUUGAUGUAGUUUGCUAUCGUUGAUUGUAAAUAUUCAUUUUGAAAUAGCAAUGUUGGAUUUUGAGAGCUCUGUAAAGUAUAUGUUACAGAUUGAUGCCGUAGAUUUAAAAUUACAAGAAAAAUGUUAUAUAUUGAUUAAACAUUAUGUUUCUACAAAAGCUGUAGUAAUAAUAUUUAUGAUUGAAUUAUUUAUUUAUAUUGAAGUGAAGGUCUCUGUAUAUCUACAGGCCUGUGGUUAUCAGAUGAGAUGAUGAAAUUGCGAAGAUAGAUUUUGAUGUAUAUAUUUAUUUUGAGGUAAUUUAUUUUCGCGUGUGAGAGAAUUGAUAAAUAAGAAAGGCGCAGUAUUUUACUAGGUUGAAUAUCCGUCCCAAAAAUGCCACUCGAUGGAUGUUUCAGAAUUUAUAGUGGAUGAAAUGACUAUCAUAUAAUUUUAGUUCCUAAUAUUUGACUGAUGAAGUGGCCAAACGUUUGCCUUCUAAAAUUACCGAGGGUGGCGAAUAGUCCAACUUACGCAAAUUAUGUUAAUUAGGUAAAAAUUAUUUCAAUACUUUUAGAGGAGCUAGUAUUAUUAGUAUUCUAAUAAAAAUGAGUACAAAAAUGAGUUUGAUGCCCAGAUGUAUGUGUUCGGAAUUUUCUGUUUUGCGACAGAAAGGAUCCUUUAAGCCCCCUACAUUAAUAUGUAUUACCAAAGAUUUAGCGCGUUAGGCAAUUUUCAAAAGUCACCUUUAAUUAACAAACAUUGUCCAAAUUCUUAAUUUUAUGGUCUUUAAUUUCAUAAAAUAUUUCCAGACUUGGGGGACCUUGAACAGUAUCAGAAGGAUUAGGUCAAUCGUCUCUACGGCACAAGAACUUAGCUGUGUAGUAAGAUACGAAUUUCUAUAAAAUCUCUUCAGAUGGCUUUCGUUUUUGAAUUUUCUUAACUUCGAUCCAAAGGAACCAUUUACAAUUAACCAACCAAGAACUAUUUGCAUAACGUUUACAAUAAAUUCAAGUUAAUGCUAGUAUUUCUACGUUUUAUCACAAUAUUUCUGACUUUUGGUAAAUAAAAUAUAAUGGCAAGGAAAUUUCAGUUUGUCCGUCCUUAAAGAACUCUAAAUUGUAGAAUAGUUAAUUUUGCAAAACAAUUUCAUAUUUUAGUUGAGAUAUAUAUUUUCACAUACGGUUAUAGUGAGGUUCGUUUGCAUAUCAAACGUACUAAACCGAAAAGAUUAUUUUACAGUUUUACUUGUUCAAUCUAAACAGACUUGAAUUUCGUUGCCAUUAUUUAUUCAAGCCCUGUUUCCAUCUGGUCGAAACUGUUGUCAACAAGACUUGUUCGACAAAGUCAGUCUUUACUGAUUACUAAGGUAUAUAUCGCGACCGUUACGAUCAAAUGAAAACCAGGAUUUGUUCUCGACGAUGGCUUUUAUUCAGCCUAAUAAUUGGGUAGUUAGUUAUUUUUCAGCGUUUAUUGUCACGUCUGACCACGCCCAUCUUGGGAGAGCGUAGUUACAUUGUUGUAUUUAUUAAGCCUGCGAGCAGGCUCUACAUCGGGGCGGGCCUAGUUGCCUGCUCGCAGGCUAUCAAGCCGAGCUCUCAUGUGUCGAGAUUUUGAACGUGCAUAAAUUAAAACUUUUAUGUUGGUCACGUGACCAGCUAGAAUAUUUCCGUUUUUUCAAUGGAACAAGGUUGUUGUCAUGCCAAUAUCAGGAUGUGUUCGCACUGCUUGUUCCCAGUUGUUGUGACAAGUCUCGAACAAGUUGUUAACACCUUGUUACAAGGUUGAUGACGGUAACAGACUUGCUACAAGCGUGCUAUCAUCAACUUGUUAACAACUUGUUGCGAGUCUGUUGGCCUCAUCAACCUUGUUACAAGAUGAUAACAACUUGUUCCAGACUUGUCAACAGCUGGGAACAAGCAGUGCGAACACAUCUUGACAAGCUGUGAGAUUUUCACGCGUGUAGUUUUAAGCAGAUUUAACAUCACGUGAACUCUUAGUACAGUCGCCUAUUCAGUGUUAUUCGAGGGGUUCAUGAGAACUCCGCAUGAGGACUCUCACACAUGAGAACGAGGCCUAAGUAGUUCAUUUGCUAAGCAUUUGUAUGAUUAAUAGAACAUUAAGUUAUUAAGUAAGUAGUGGGCGUAGUUAAGUAGAACUGUAAUGAAAGCUAGUGUCUGGUGGCGUAAGGAAGAACUAAGACAUGGGUUUUACUAAGCUAUAUCUCUUAAUUCUAUUUAUUGACAGAUUAUGACUUACGAUUCUAAGGCUGACGUUCACACUAUACGGGCUAGCUUUCCAUAGCGGCGCGAAAAAGCACCUAUCCGAUACGGAAUGUACAAGUUUCAGAAGCUGAGCAAAACAACAUCUCUCCGUUGCAAUAUCUGAAAAUAGCGUUCCUAAAAGGCACGGUAGUUGUUUUUCACGUCGCUACGGAAAGCUAUUCGAUACUAGUGUAAACGUUACACUCGAAUUUCGAUGUACAAAACUCUUAGUGAAACCAUCAAUGUACUAGUGCUUCCCUGCCGCUCACCAGCACUGUUUUCAGAUAUGCAAGUUUGACUGACCAUCAUUCACACGAGUUUUUCUUCCAUCAAUUUUGACUGCAUCGUUCUUUAAAAUAUCGCUUCUAUUUCCCCCUUCGAUAGUCAAAUUCUGGAAUUAAAGUCUGUUGUUCUGGAUACAUUUUAAAUUGAAAAGAAAUUUUUAAAGAACGAGACAAUUUAGCGAUAAUUUAUUAGUGGUCGUUUGUUUCGAUUCUAGUUAUAAAAUACAAUUUUUAUGCAGAGGUUGGAAAACUUGGUGAAUGAAAUAAAAUGGGUGCAACGAAGUUUAGCAAUAUGCUAGGCUGUAUUUAGGUAUUUAUAACUGUAGAGCUGUUGUAGUUUGAAUAAAGCGAUGUG